UACGUGCCGAUUAAAAGAAAAACAACAAGACAUUGCUAUACUAAUUGCAAUUGCAACAAAAAAGUUAAUUUGCAACGAUAUACAACGGAGAAAGCAAGCAAACUAAAAUAAACCGCAAUUACCUUCAACGUUUGCUACGCAAUUAUUUCUUAGUUUCUUACAAAGUGUUUAUUUUUUCUUAGUGCAAUAAUUGUUAGUAGGUGUUUAAGUAUUGCUGAGUGUGUGUGUGUGAGUGCGUCGUACGCACGGAAAAUAUAAUAAACAGUAAAGUUAUUGUUUAAUAUUUGUUUUGAAAACCGGUGAAAAUCACACAACAUGGCGCUGAAAGUUUUGGUGGGACAGAAGAUUAUGAACGAGGUGGUGAAGUAUAAGCCGCCUCCACCGAAGAAAGCUGGCGCUGCGGCUCCCGCUAAGUCGGCCGGUGCUGGUGGCAUUGAGUGGCGUGUGCUUGUGGUAGAUAAGCUGGGCAUGCGCAUGGUCUCUGCCUGCACCAAGAUGCAUGAGAUAAGCGCCGAGGGCAUUACCUUGGUGGAGGACAUCAACAAGAAACGAGAGCCGUUGCCUACCAUGGAUGCCAUCUACUUGAUUACGCCAUCAGAUGAGUCUGUGCGUGCAUUGAUACGUGAUUUUGAGAAUCCGGCGCGUCCAAUGUACCGCUAUGCGCACGUAUUCUUUACUGAGGCGAUACCGCCACGCGUAUUUGAAAUGUUGCAAUCGCACAAAGAUAUUUGUCGCCGUUAUGUGCGCACCUGUAAAGAGAUAAAUAUUGCCUUUUUGGCAUAUGAAGCGCAGGUAUUCUCGCUGGACUCACCCGACACCUUCCAAUGCCUCUACUCGCCGGUAUUCGCUUCCAUACGCGGCAAGCACAUCGAACGCAUUGCCGAGCAAAUUGCCACGCUUUGCGCCACGCUGGGAGAAUAUCCGAAUGUUCGCUAUCGCAGCGACUGGGAUCGCAACAUCGAUUUGGCGGCCUCCGUGCAGCAGAAGCUGGACGCCUAUAAGGCCGAUGAGCCCACAAUGGGCGAGGGUCCCGAAAAGGCACGCUCGCAGCUAUUGAUAUUGGAUCGUGGCUUUGAUUGCGUAUCGCCGCUGCUGCACGAGUUAACAUUGCAGGCCAUGGCCUAUGAUCUGUUGCCGAUCGUAAAUGAUGUGUACCGCUAUUGUCCCGGUCCAAAUCAGCCGGAUAAGGAGGUGUUGCUGGAUGAGAAUGAUGAUUUGUGGGUGGAAUUGCGUCAUGAGCAUAUUGCUGUCGUCUCCACGCAGGUUACACAGAAUCUGAAAAAGUUUACCGAUUCCAAGCGCAUGAGUUCGACCGACAAGUCGUCCAUGCGUGAUUUGUCGCAAAUGAUCAAGAAGAUGCCGCAGUAUCAAAAGGAGCUCUCGAAAUAUUCCACCCAUUUGCAUCUGGCUGAGGAUUGCAUGAAGUCCUACCAGAACUAUGUGGAUAAGCUUUGCCGUGUUGAGCAGGAUCUUGCCAUGGGCACUGAUGCCGAGGGUGAAAAGAUCAAGGAUCAUAUGCGCAACAUUGUGCCCAUUUUGUUGGAUGCUAAUGUUUCCAACUAUGAUAAGGUGCGCAUUAUAUCGCUGUAUGUGAUGAUUAAGAACGGCAUAUCCGAGGAGAACUUGACCAAGCUGUUCACCCAUGCGCAGCUCUCGCCCAAGGAUCAGGAUAUGGUGCGCAAUCUGAGCUUCUUGGGCAUCAAUGUGAUUGCUGAUUCGCGCAAGAAGAUCUAUUCGGUGCCACGCAAGGAGCGCAUUACCGAAAGCACCUAUCAAAUGUCACGCUGGACGCCUGUCAUCAAGGACAUCAUGGAGGAUUGCAUUGAGGAUAAACUGGAUCAGCGUCAUUUUCCGUUCCUCGAGGGACGCGCACAGAACACCAAUUACCAUGCGCCCACUAGCGCUCGCUAUGGUCACUGGCAUAAGGAUAAGGCACAGACGCAGGUUAAGAAUGUGCCACGCCUCAUUAUCUUCAUUGUGGGCGGCGUCAGCAUGUCCGAGAUGCGUUGCGCCUACGAGGUAACCAAUUCGGUGCGCAACUGGGAAGUCCUUGUGGGCUCUUCGCAUGUGCUCUCACCAGAGAUAUUCCUCAGCGAUUUGGGCAGUCUCUCGAAGGAGGAUUAAGCAGCAUCACUUUACUAUACAUAUAUAAUACUAAGCUAUUAUAUUAUUAUGCUUAUUAACAUCUAGCCAAACUGUUAUACGUUAGUUUGCCUUGCGUUCGUGUUUUUGGAUGAAGAUAUA